AUUCGUGCUGGCAUAUUGGUGAUCGAUAGUUUGAAAUAGUUAUAGAGCUAAAUAUAUAUAAAUGCUAGGUCCGUUGUGGAUUAUUUAAAUAACAUGUCAGUUAUUUCAAUAACGCGUUACAUAUUGUGUUCUACAAGAGACGGAUUUAGAUAAUAAACUUCUUAAAUGGAAUUACAGUUCUGUUGAUUUGUCGUUCUUUUCAUGUAAGUGACGUAAAAGAUAUAAACUAUAAAAGGCGUGAAGGAUAAAAAACAAAGUGGAAUUUUACGCAUGAAUGGAAUCUAUCUGUAAUAUAUUAUCUAUACGUUAUGUAUAAAGGACCUAUAAUGACAUUCUUUACUAAACAGGCCAUUUAUUAUUAUAAUAAAUCUCGCCCUGUACUAAAGGGAUUGUAGUUAGGUAGUCUCUCAUUAUAGGUGUCCACUCGAGCGUGCCACCUUCUAUUCGCUUAUUUAGAAAAGUUGAUAUAUAUUUCACCACUGUAAGAUUUUGGCCGGUUUAAUUUAUCUGACAUUUGGAAAAUAAAGUCUACGACACCUGUCUUGGAUUAUAGCAUUUUUAUUCUUUCACGAGCAUUGUCGGUCAUUUUUGACAGAUCGUAAUCGAUCAUGUACUAUUGAACUGUUGGAAUAAACCGAAUUUAAGUGUAGGUUCGCACUGGAACUGGAAUUAUUUAAUUUUUUAAUUGCACCUGCGGUAUAAAUGAACACGGAUUUUGAUAUAAAAAUAGAUAUAAGUGAUUACGUUAGACAUUAGCAAAACAAUAAUAAAAAAUAAACUGACAAAAAAUAUUUGUGUUAUGUAAAUGCCAGUGAAGAUUGGACAUUAGUAUACGAAUGACAGAGGGACGUUUUUUUGCGCUGACACUUGGGUGGGGGAAACUUAAUGACUAAUAGGUGUACCGUUUGUAAACAGAGGCCAAAAUAGUGAAAGUGUGUGUCUUUAAAGUCCGCACCUUACUUGAAUUGCGGCGCGUUCAAAUACCAAAGAAGUGAAAAGUUGUAAUUUAUUUGAUAAAAGUAUCUGUAAUUAAAAUCAUUGAGGUUUCACGCCGUACUGAGCCCGUCAAUUGCUACUUUAAAGUGAAAGCCAUUCUUUAAAUUGAAGGAUUAUUGCGUACACUUUAUGACUGGAUUUUUGUGUGUUUCUAAUGUAAUCUAAGUGAAAGGAAUUUAAAUCUUAUGAUGGAAUAACAACUAUUAUUGAAGCAAAAAUGGAUCCGAAUCUUUAUCAAAAUCAAAACCUGGCGGGAUCCAUGAACUUUCAAAGUUCUGACCCCCUUAAUAUGUCUGGUAACCUUGGUAAUCUACAGAGUUAUACGCCGGAACAGUUAAUUCAACUACAGCAGAUCAGUCAACAGCAAAUACAACAGUUACAAGCCCAGCUGGCCAAGGUCCAGCUAGCCGGUUCCACAGUUGCCUCGAACCCAUAUGCAAACACUUUUGCCGCUGUUUCACCUACAUCGCCAGUUGGAAUUAAUACGGGACCAUUGUAUGCACCUAAUGCUCAGAGUUCACCAGUUAUCAAUCCUAAUUUUAUACCGGCAUUUCCGGUUGGGAAUUCAAAUCCAGCAAUGUCACCAGGAGGCGGACCGAUUCCACUUAACGCUUCUAUGAACAUAUCUUUAAAUGGCCAAAUGCCAAAUAUUUCACAAACAAACAUGAACACUUCAAGUUAUAAUCAAAUGACUUAUCCUAAUACCUCUAUAGGGAUUAAUGGUCAGUUAUCUAACCAGAUUCAGGUCCAAGUGCCAAAACCGUCAGAACAAUUACAGGGUCAAGCACGUUUCGUUUCCGCUCCGAAUAGCCUGCAUCUUCAACAAAUUAAUCAACCGCGUAGUUUAUCCAGUAGCAGUUACAGUUCAUCGGCACCAUCAACACCACAAGAUUCCCCAGCUGUGUCGAAAAAGGAACAGCAAUCUAUUGCUACUGCUAACGACGUGCCGAUCUUUAUGCAACGGCCACGGCAACAGAUAACCUCUCCUCCAUCAGCGCGUCCCCCGCCAGCGACAGCAUCUGACCGAAGUAGUACCUCUUCUUCCAUCCCAGGCUCUCCAUCGAGCUCGGGGAAUCCACCGUUUUCUCCAGAUGGAAGCUUAUCCGACUCUUUUGGACCAAUCUCUCCUGAAGGCACACCUAAGAAAGGUAUAAAUGGUGAAACAAAGCUCGGUAGCCAAAUAAAGAAUAAGCCGCUACAUAUGGAAACUAGGUAUCCGCAGGACAAAUGUUAUCAUUGUAUGAAAAAAGUUUACCCGAUGGAAAAAUUAGGACCGGUAAGAGGGGUGGUGUUCCAUAAAAUAUGUUUCAAAUGUAGCACGUGUAAUACUACUCUAAAUAUGAAAAACUUUUCUCAUAAUCAAAGUGAUUCAUUCGAUAAAUCUGUUUACUGUAAGUCACAUCAGCCGGUCUCAACACAUGCAGGCCCUAAACUUGAUACAAACAGUUUUGAAAUAAAAUCUGCUCUCAAAGCACCAAAAACGGGAGGAGUUACUCCGGAAUCAGAACGGGUACCGAUACAUAAAUACAGCUAUGACGUAACUAGCAGAGAAAUAGAGCACGCGCGGAAGGUUCCAGUAGCAGACCUUCAGUCAGGAGUAAAGGCCAGAAACCAUGCAUGGAGUAAGUCUAAAAGGGAGAAUUACAAUAAUUUACCAACAAAUAUUGUUAAACAUGACGAACAAGUUCCCGAAUAUGACGAGGAAGGAUAUCGUAGGCAUGUUGUAGAAACACAACCUGACUAUUAACAUAGAUAAAUUUACAUGAAAUCACAUUUUCAUGUUAUUCACGUGGUUGAAACAUAAAUCUCUGCCAAAUAAAGCUAUCAAUAUAGUUAUAUAUUUUUGAAGAAUGUUUGUCAACAGACAGAAAAGCAAUAUGUUAAGUGUUGAUAAAAUCUGGGACUAAAGAUAAUAGUAUUUAAGUCCCAGAUAAAAUGCCUUGGAAACCGCGAUACAGGAAUAUUAUCGCACACUUUUGAAAAAAGAUAGAGAAGAUUUUUAAUGUAUCUAUGCAGAGUGAUGCAAAUACAUGAAUAUCCAAGACAGCUGAGUAUACCAAGCAAUGUUCAUAUGCAGAUUUAGAUUAAAAGAUGUUAGUAACGUUUUAGAUAAGAACAUCGCAUGAACUGUUAUAUGUCUAAAUAUGUGUCCCAUAUGUAUUACUGUAAGAACUCUGUUACUCUAGUAAUAUCACAUAACAUUUUACCUGUUAUAUAGGACGAUCAACAGUCACAGUUAGUUAUAUUCUAUAAUAUUCAACGAUUUAUGGCAUACAUGUACGAUAGAAUUAUAUUAUCAAUAAUACGUAUUUAUAUGUAUAUCUGUAUAAAUACACAUUACAUGUCAUUUAUCUUUCUUAAAUAUCUGGAUCUAGCACAACAAAUGCCAUUCAGCAUUUUGAACAUUAAUGUAUUUUUUCCUAAUUCAGUUUCUAGUUUCAUUUCAAGUCUUAAAUUAAAUAAAUCUUCCAAACUUUGGUAAUAUCAUAACAGUGGUCCUAUUUUAAGCCGUGUAUUUAUUUUUCGGAUUUUGUUUUUCCUUUAGACGGUCUCCUUUUUGUCCAUUGCUUUAUUGAAAAUGGUGAAUAGAAACUGGCUUUAAAUUCAAUUUUUCUUAAUUCUUUUUGAAUUGUUCAUAUACAACUGUUUGUUCAAUUAACUUAAAGACGGAAAAGUAAAUAUUAUAUUAAUGUACUAUUGCUGUUAUUUGAAACGUUUCUGUUUCCUAAACAAUUUUUACUUGCUUUUAAUUCAGGCUUACUAAUAUAAACAUAUUUUGAAACGUUACAUUUACAGGGCCUUUAAAUUCUUAGAAACAGCCUUGAAAAUUGUCAUAUACAGUUAUGAAUCAAUAUUUGCCAUGUCAUUUCAUUAACUAUAUAUAACUUGUACUAUUUUAAGAUAAAUUGUAUUGAAAUAUGAUUUUCAAUUCUUUUGAAUCUAAUGAAAGGUAAAAAAAACUCCAGUGUUCAUGCUUAGUUGAACGAAUUUAAGGCCACUAUAAGAACAAAACAGAUAAAUGUCACAAACUUAGGUAUAUAGUGAGAUUGUACAAAAGUAUGCGAUAUGUUAUACCAUUGUGUAUUUGUUUGAAAUCGAUAUUUUUUCAUGCAAUGCAGACAUUCAAUACCCCCCUUUUUUAAGAAGCAAUAUUAUAGCUUUUAAUUGUGUGAAAUUAUUCAGAUAUCAAACUACUCUUGUAUUUGUUUUGUAUAAAUGUAUUCAAUAGUAGAUAAUAUGUUAAGUAUGUUAUUAAGUGUACCGAUUUACAAGACCUAAAUCUUUAAAAUAGUCAUGAAUAAGAAAUAAAUAAAUAAAAAACCAACCAAACAAGUGCCAAAAAUGUACAGUUUAAAGUAUAUCUUGAUAGUAUAUCGUAGAAAUGUGGGUUCAGAUUGUUCUACUGAUUAUAAUGGUAUAGUAAUACAUUUGUAAUAUGUAUGUAAUAGUAAUGGUAUACAUAAAUAGUCUACAGGGUUUAACAGGUUACAGGUGAAUGUUGGGAUUUUUGUAAGAUUAUUGAAUUCCUUUAUUUAAAGCUGAAUUUGUUUGUCUAAUAUUGCUAUUAAUAUAACUAGUUAUAACACACACCUCAAUGCGUAAACUUUUGUUACCGAAUUUAUAUAGAAAAUUCCAAAUUUGCGUUUAGCGUAAAAUACGUGAAUAACAUGCAGAAUUGUGUUUUUAUUAUAAUGUAUGUAACCAUAUUUAUGUUGUUAAAAAUGUGACAUGUAUUAAUUGUUUGUGGUAUUUUAAGGCAAGGAAACAUGAGUAGACGCUCCGAUGACAAACAUAUUUUGUGUAUUUUCCUUCUAUUUUAUGUCGCGGCAGACGAUAUAUACAUUGCAUAACACGAGUGUUUUCUCUCUAAACUUUCGAUUUAAUCGGAUAUAGAUUGCUUGCUGAACUGUGUAAAUUUCAUUUCAAAUAAUGUUUUCAAACGCACAAGUCCGUGUAAAAGAUGUAGAUUAUUUCUUUAAGGUAAAUUACAUUCUCUUAAUUGAUACUAAAGUUGGUGUAACGCAAGGCGGUACGAUUGUUCGCAGCAUUUUAGACGCUUGUUACUGGCGACCUUUACUGACCGCUUUAAUUUGCACUUUUAGUUUAGAGAUACAAUGCUUACCUUAGCAAUAAUCUUCAUCCGGGAAAUAUUUUAUUUACUACGACCCAAUUAUUCAAGAAUUAAAAUAAAAAGAAGGUAUCUUACAAAAUAAAGUAUGGAGGACCGUUGCCACCAAAACUUGUUAAAAAUCACAUAACUCAUCAGAAAUGAAAACUAUUUUUAUUCUCUGAAGAAAAUGCAAGUAUGUGGAUUUUAUGAUUUUUAAUGUUUGAAUACUUGAUUUAGAACAUGUUACAUUAUGGUCACGUGGAGCUAGAAUGCCUUGUUGAACGGGCCACGAAGUAGCAAAAAAUAGAGUGGCACUUUGUCUUCCAUACAAAAAUUAAAUCGCUACAACUUUAUUUACUUUUGACCUGAAAGCAAAAACGGAUUCAGGGUUUUACGGUUGAUGAGUACUAUUUUGGAAACUGUAAAAGAACACCAAAAAUAAAUAUGUUCUGAGAUAUAAAAAUGAUAGCAUUCUUUAUUUAGUAGACCUUAAAUAAAUCUAUUGACGAUAAGAUCUAUUAGAAAGUAUAUAUUAAUUUAUGAUCAUGAUAAUUCAGCAGUUAACACUUUUUUAUUUUAAAAAAUCAUUCACUUUAUCUAACCAUCUAAGCAAUGACCUUUUAACCACCUAAAAGUAAACAUUAAGCUUAACAUUGAUAUAAAAGUUAGCAUGAUGUAGGAAAGAGGUCACUGAAUUGCAGAAGUAAGCACAUUUUCAAAAUGAAUUUACAACCGAAUAUGUAACUUAUCUUUUUACUGUAUAUGCGUACCUCACAUAAUGUACAAUACUUAAAACUUUUGUAUGUGAUCUUUACUGGAGACGUGAAUACAUAUUUACAUAUAUAACAUAGUUUGUGUGUUUAGAGGUUUGAACAUAAAACUGAUCUAUUUAUAUCAUUUGUUAUAAGGCCCCUUAGAAAUGCUUUCAUUUUAUAGCUCAAAAGCUUUUUUAUUUUGAUAAACUUUUAUAGUUUCCAAAAGCUUACUGAUUGGCCAUCUUUUUCAUCUGUUUCUUUUUUGGCAUUAAGUACAGUUAUAUAAAUGUAUAUUGAAUUAGUAUUUUACAUGAAAGUCAAAAAUACUAUUUUGUUUACAUUUUGCUACUUUUAUGACAAAUUAUUUCAUAUUUAUCGCUACUUUUUUCAAGUAAAAAAGCCUUUACCAUUCUCCAAAACCAUUAUUUAAACAUUACAAAAUUCAUGCUUGACCUUUCUAAAGAAGUAAAAAUUUAUUUGUUUCUGAGGAAUAAAGUGCCUUUAAGAAGGAACUGUGUAAAGAAAACACAUGAACUAUAGUUCAGAGAUAUGUCCCGCGAAUGAUUGAUAAAUGUAUGUUUUCACAGCAUCAUGCCAACACAUAUGUUAUAGCUUACACUAUAUGCCAUAUAGAUUCUACAUGUUAUAUAUCAUAUGUAUAUUUAGUACACUUUUUGAUAUAGAUGUUUUGUAUGUUGAGCAAAAUUAAUAUGUUUUAUGUUUAAUUUUCCCUAGUAAUGAUGAUAUUUUACCAGACUUUUUACACGGCGUUCAUCACUUAAAUAUUUCUGCAUUUUAAACACUUAAAUUAAUGAAAACAUUUUGAUAAGCGUGAAAAAAAAGAGAUUUGAGUUUCGUCAGUCAUGUAUAAACCUGUGAUAUGGAUUGUGCUUUUAUAUUGUAUUCUUUAGUGUAAGAAAUAUAUACAUGUAUUGUAUUUAUGCCUUGAAUUGUUAUCACUCGGGAUUACCUGGCGAUAUUAACAUAAAUGUUUGUUUUAAUACUCAUAGAUUCCAAUAACCAAAGAAUUUGUUUGUAUAUUUUGUUUGAUAUAUAGUUUCAAAUGUUAAGAGUACUUAUGCUGGAAAGGACAAGAGUUUGUCCCAGUCUGCAAUGUAUUUUAGAAAUGGGAAAUAAUGUUUUUGUUUUCGGGUAAUAUAAAUAUAUAAGAACUGUGAUUGAUGUUGAAAUGUCAGAUAGACUGAUAAUUUGAUGUUGCUUUUAGAACACCAAUGUCAAUAGUGUUAAUUACUCCCGCAAUGUUAUCUUGAUAAAACUGUUUUCCAGUGAAACAUUAACGAUCAACCUGUUGCAAAAUUUGUCCAACUGAACUGACAUAGCUUUGAAUUCGGAAUAGUCCGUUUAAAUUUUUAAGGGUUUUCAAAAUACAAAAAACUUGACCUGGCUCUAUAAUGGUCUUAUAAGCUAAAAACUGUCGGUUCCGUUAAUGUUUAUCUUGCUUUUUGAAACAACCCCUCAGUUUGUUUAUAAUUUUAAUUAUAAUAUCAAUUUUUUACUAUUAAAUUUUAUGAGUUGUAGAUCUACAGUUUCUUAAAUAUGAGAAGCUUAGACUUCACGUUUAAACUACGUUUAAGUCUAACAACAACAACAACAACAACUGAUAGAAAUAGUUGAUAUGCUCUAUAAAUGUCACAAUCGUAACUUUUCGGCCCUUUCCGUCAGUCUUCGGAUAAGGUUUCUGUUUACAUCUGAAACUACUUUCUUGUUUCCGAGGUUAUUAUAGAUAAUAGCCGAGGAUGUUCCGAUUGUAAAUGUCGUAUAUAAGAAUUAUCAAAAAAAGCUGAAUGCUCGGUUCGCUGUAAAAAAAAUAGAAAUAAACCGUUUAAUAGUAAUGAGCUAAGGUUUAUCCAAAAUAUGUAGGGGAUGUUUCAAUACACUUAUUUUGUGUCAAAAAACAUGUUAUUUCUUAUACAUGUACUCACAGUAGUUUGAUAUUUAUAAUAUUUAUAAUGAUUUUAUGAUAUUAUUGUUACAAUAUGUUAUUGUUAUGCACAACCUUAUAUAAACUUGUUACCUAUGUCAUAA